AUGGAGAAGUACUUCGGGAACCCUUACCGGGGAGACCCAGGCGUCCCUCAUACCAACCCUGAUAGCUUCGUGAACAUAUGGAUCGGGUCCUUCGCCUUCUCCGCCAUCACCUGGUCCAACCCCUACCUCUGGCAGCUCUCCAGCCAGUUCAAGUGAGAUACUCCCUCCUCCCCUUCUCCUCGCUGUUGUUCUCAUUCCUCCUCCGAAUUCUAGGUUGCUUCCCGCAUUUGAGGCGAACUAGUCGUCGCCUAUCGAUUAUUUCUCAAUUAUACCUGUUUCUUCACAAAUAUUUCUCGUCGGCCGAAGGGAUGGAGCUUGUAAGGCUAACGAUAGCUAAGAGGAUGAUCUUCUUCCUAUUGUGGGGACCUUGCCUUGUCUUAGAGGCGACUGUAUUUUCUGUUGCAGCUCUGCUUAUCUUAGACGGGGACGGCCGAGGAGGGGGGGGGGGGGGGGGGGAAUCUUCUUGUGGUUUUCUUGCUUUCUUGCCUUCCGAGUGGUUUCUCUGUGGUUUUCCAGCAAUGUUCGAGCGAAAAUUAGUACUGAACACGUCUACUAAGAGUAGAUCGAUGUGCAUACAGGUAAAGGGUGCAUAGAAAUCGAAAUUACGGAGUCCAGCUAACGAAACAGCUUGAUUUUUUGUCAGUUCAUCCUCUUCAUGAUCUUAAUUUCGCAUAAAUCACAUCGAGUGGACACGGGGGGGAGCAGAAAAUGAGGAAACAGAUCGCCUAUAUUAGGAAACAUAGGCGUAAUCCAAUCUAAACCUCUUAGUUAAGGAUGAUGUUUGCUGUUUAUUGGUUUCGAAUUCCACUCGUGCUAGAACAGUGUGUUUGAGAACAAGCACACAAAUUCAACCAAAAUAUUUUUUGUGCAUUAUAUGUGUAAGAAAUAUAGUUAUAUUCUUACCUCUUGAGUGGUGGUGAAUGCAGCAAUGAACACAGAAAGCAUGGACGACAUAUCAUUUGCUUCCUGUUGCCGUGGUUAAGAUUAGACUGUGAUUACUGUAAUGGAUCGACUUUAAUCUCAGAGGAAUGAGGGGGUUUGUUGUGCACCUGAAAUCUAUGGGCGCCGAUUCUGCACGGUUGAGUGAUAUCCCUGUUGACAUUAAAAAGUACCAUUUUACGUUUAGAAAAAAAAUUCAGCUGCCACAUCCUCACUGGUUUCGGUCUCCUUCCACUGCAAGUAAAGAUUAAAGGAAAACCCCUGGUCGUCUAAGUUUGUGCAUUUGUCUAUUGAUACAUGGGAUUCGCAUCGAGUUUUAUUUUUGAUUUGAUGUCAAUCUUAGUAGAUAAUUGCUCAUAUUUGGAUGCCACUAAUGAGUUUAUUGCGUGAGAAAUUAAUGAAGGAUUCUUUCGUUUCAUUGGGAUAUGUGUUAUAUGAUAUCUGAUUUUUUAAGCAUGCCUGUAGUCCUCGAAGUUGAGUGUAUAUUCUUUAGAUGAUCGCAUGUUUUCGGAAUCAGAUAAAAGCCAACGGCCUGCUAAAAAUUAGAAAAUAUAAAGACAAGAGGAGCAAAGCUGAGGAAAACCAGAUAAACUCAAGAUCAACAAAAUACCAUACUUAUGAAUCUUUUAUAUUUGACCAAAUCGUUGUUAAAUCACAUUCAUCCUAUGAUCUUUUGAGAUACAGACAUGAGAGACGAUUGCAGGCAUAGCAUGCUCUUCUAAUCUGCUUCUUCUGCCAUCUAGGAUUCUGCUAUUCAUGGGUUUUCAGGUCAUCACUCGUCAGUUUCUCGUCGUCAUUUUCUUUUUACGAUUGUCUUUGAGACUACCUGAGUAUGAGCCGCAUGAUUAUGAUGAACAUUUAAAGCUUUUGGAAGUUUCAAGCUAAUCUCUGCGAUAAUAUAUGUUGAUCCUCACCUUCCAAAUAUAUCUUUGCAGCUGGCAUGACAGGGCGAUGAUGUUUGAACAUCACCACUGGAAGAAAGCAAUUGAGAAGAAGCAACCAUACGAAUUUAAGGCAAGUUUCAGUUCCUAAUUCUUCACCGAAGGAUUCCCAAAAAUAAAUAGAAAUAACUCGAUUGACGCCGUAAUGUCCGUAUUUGUUGAUAUUACUGCGAAAAUCUACGGGCAUGGCACCCAACAUCAAGCUGGAGUAAGAAUUAUGAUCAGAUAUUCUUUUGUUUGCAGUGGAACAAGCACAUGGACAAGGCCACACGCGAGUCUUACUACCACAACUGGCCUGUCUACUUCGCCUAG